UACGUAUACGUCUGGUAUGCCGAAGAGGCCAAAGCAGUUGUCAGUUUUGGAGGAACUCUGCACCAAUGCAGUCGUUACUUGGAACUUGGCUACGCGUGUGCUUUAUGGGCAAAGUCGUUUAUCAAACACUUUGAAUCGAUCAUAUCGAGCAUAUGUUUACAAUAAUAAAAAUCAAUGAGAAUCCAAUAAACUUCAACAUGCGAUACCAAACUGUUCUCAUAUACAAUGCUAAUCCUAGACGAACUAAUUGCCAACACUUUGCAUUGACUCAACAGCUAUAAAUAGUCGUCUGUCCGCAAUAUCUAUGGCUGCGCUUAGACUGAGCACUGCUGCUGCUUUCCUUUCAACGCUGCUGAGCGGUGUGGUGAGCGGCCUGCUCGCCACUAGAGGCGGCGUCCAUGGCUACAAGCAGCAGAAUUCGAGCAAUUCCCUUGUCUACUACGAGCACAGUGUGCUGAAUAAUUCACUAACAACCGAAGCCUUUAAUGAUGCUGAGAACGAGAGCAGCACGGAAAGUGGACCCGCCUUAACUACGUUUAAUUACUACAACGAAUCAGCAGCUGCAGCCGAAUGGGCGCAUUUCUAUGAUCUCAUACUAUCCUGGCAGGGCAUAUGUCUGGUGGCUCUGUUCUCCACAUUCAUUAUACUCACCAUCAUUGGCAACACACUCAUUAUCCUGGCAGUGCUGACAACGCGUCGCCUGCGCACUGUUACCAACUGCUUUGUCAUGAGCCUGGCGGUCGCUGAUCUGCUCGUGGGCAUAUUUGUUAUGCCGCCAGCGGUGGCAGUGCAUCUAAUUGGCUCGUGGCAGCUCGGCUGGGUGCUGUGUGACAUCUGGAUAUCCUUUGAUGUACUACUCUGCACUGCGUCCAUACUCAGCCUGUGCGCCAUUAGCGUGGACCGCUACUUGGCUGUCACACAACCUCUCACGUAUUCGCGGAAGCGACGCUCGAAGCGUCUGGCGCUGCUUAUGAUACUUAUUGUUUGGAUACUGGCUUUAGCCAUCACCUGUCCCCCCAUCUUGGGCUGGUAUGAGCCUGGUCGACGUGACUUGAGAGAAUGCCGCUAUAAUCAGAACGAGGGCUAUGUAAUUUUCUCCGCAAUGGGCUCCUUCUUUAUACCCAUGGCAGUCAUGAUUUAUGUCUAUGCGAGGAUAUCUUGUGUGGUGGCCAAGCGACAUGACAACUUAACCGACAUCAAUAAACAUAAUAAGAAAUUUAAGCGCUAUACGGCCGCCGAUGUCGAGAUGGAGUAUUCAGAGCAUGAGCUGAGUGCGAGCUAUACGCGGCACAGGCAAGUCUCGGAGCGUACGUUUUCCAAUCAGACCAUAGCCAAAGAUCAUGAAAUAAUAUUAAGCGAUAGCGACAAUCUUGGGGUGGCAACUGCAAGUGGCGUACGUGCUGGAAAUUGCCAGUCAUUGCUGGCGUUGCCAUCAUCACAGAGCGGAAGUGGCAAUGGAGGCAUCAGCAUCGGUCGAAAUGGCUGUUACGAGCUAACGCGCCCCUCAUCGCUCUCGCUGAAGCGAGCCUCCACCGCAUCGACAACAAUGACCACAAUGACAAGUGGCAUGGGCAUGGGCAUGGGUCCCAGCAAUAGUCUAUCAGAUGCGCAAUGGCAGCCCCAACCGCAACAACAACAACAACAGCAGCAGCAGCAGCAACAGCAACAUGCACGUACACAUAGCUUUCGACACUCACACCUAGGCAUAGGAUAUGGCGAACGAGAGCGAUUGCGACAGCAUCCUCAUCCACAAUCACAGCCCCAUCCACAUCAUCAUCAUCAGCAGCAGCAGCAGCAGCAGUCUGGUGCAGCUGCCGAUGCGGCGGCGCCCACUUUAUCAAACAAUAUUAAAUCUCUGUCGAAUCGCAUUACAUCGCUAAAGAAGGAGAACAAAACAACGCAAACAUUAAGCAUUGUUGUCGGCGGCUUUAUUGCCUGCUGGCUGCCCUUCUUUGUUUAUUAUCUCAUAACACCAUUCCUUGCGGAGCAACAAGUCAGCCGCACGCUGGCCAAGGCACUCACUUGGCUUGGCUGGUUCAACAGCGCGAUUAAUCCUUUUAUUUAUGCAUUCUACAGCGUUGAUUUUCGCGCUGCCUUCUGGCGUUUAACCUGCAAGCGCUUCUUCCACGACGAGCAGAAGCCGCAGUUUCCCACAAACACAAUGUCGAUAAGGCGCUAAAGGCGUUACAAACUAAACACAGUUACCAAUGCCAAUCAAUUCAAUUCAUUCUUGGCUCGCAGCAACUCUCUACUAGUACAACAGUUCCUCAUGUCGUCAAUUGCAAUUACCAACUGGCUUUGCUUUUAAUUCGUACAAAACACGUAUCAAUUUAAGCCAUUUAUGUUUUGUCAUUUGGAAUUGUUCGUUCUAAUGCGAUUAAAGACUUAAAAGCUUGACGGGAUUACAACAAAAUGCAAUUAAUUAAAUUGUGCGUAUGUGACAACAACAGCAAAUUCAAUGCAAUGCCCAAAGCUGCUAGUUUUAAUGCCUAAAUGUAAACCAAAUGCUUAAUUGUAAAUAUUAAGCGAUGAUUUAACAACUUCUUGAGUACCUACUAAGCCACAUAGCCGAGCACUGCCACAAGUUGAAAUCUGUGUAUUGGCGCUUUAUUCCAAAUAAAUGGUAUUUGUUGUGAUAUUUCCUUGAUUAGCUCGCAGCCAGAAUUUCCCAUUCAAAGUAUUCAAGUCGUAUUAACUUUAAUAUGUAAUGUAUGCACUUGUUUUUUCCCUUAAUAAAUAGCGUUAAUAGUACGCACUGUAGUAAUUACCAAACGUAUGUCUAAGUAGCUUCAAUAAAUCAAAUUUAUUAUGUGAUCUAGUGUUAACAACUAUAUAUACCUAUAUAUACUUUUUUAAACAACAACUCUAAUACUUAGCAUUUACAUAUAUAUAAAGUAGUACUUGCUUUUAUGUCGGGGCUUACAUAUACGCAUAUUUAUAUAGACAACUGUUGCCACAAUAAUUUAAGCCAUAGCAACAAAAACAUUUGUUCGACAUUAAACCAAAGAAAAUCUCAAAUAUCCAACUCACCCCACCGCCAAAUCUUAUUUAUAAGUACCAUCAUACAUAUGUGUUAACUAUAAUUAACUUUAAUUAAUGUUAGCGCGUAUUCCAAAGCCAACA